AUGGACCUUGUAGUUAGAUUGUAUAUGAGUUGUUUUUGCUUAAGUGAACCGUGGAAUGUAUCUGAACUAGUUAAUUUAGUGGUGCCACCUAACGUUAAUGAAGGGAAGUGUUAUUCUUAUGUGGGUAGAAUUUACGGUCAGCAGAGAUUAUCACUUGGUUACGGUUGUCACUACUUUGGUACAAUCAUUCAUGAAUUGGGACACGCAGUUGGAUUCUACCACGAACAGAACAGAUCUGACAGAGAUGAGUACUUGAUCAUUUAUCUGGAAAAUGUUGCACAAAGUGCUCAGAGUAACUUCCGAAAGCUUAGUCCACAAGGGAAUAUCUUGUACAAUGAAUUUGAUUACGACUCCAUCAUGAUUUACGAUAACAAAUCCUUCUCCAAGAAUGGAAAAGACACGAUGGUGGCCAGAAAUGGACAGAAAUUGUUUCACGCAUACAAAAAGCCAGGAAUGACCAAAAAUGAUAUUGAAAGAGUAAACAAAAUGUACAAAUGUGACUCUUAUUAAUAAAUGAUAAGAAUAUAAUGUUUCAUUAUUUCUAUGAUACUUUUA